CAAGACGAGCGAUGCGCGAAAUCCAAAGGAGAGCGGGAAAGACGGAAGACGGGAGGCGCGCUGUUUACUCCUGCUGACGGCUCCAGUCCACAUCCAGCGACGUGAUGUUGACGUAGUUUAGCCCACAGUGCGCGAGCUGGAGAGCUGCGGCUCUGCAAAGAACCCCGACUAGAAGAGGAGAACCUUAAGCUCAGGAGAAAUCAAGCCAGCAUUUGGACUCUAUGAAACGGACAAGUGCGGAGGAAUGCGCUGAACCGGAGAGAUUUCCUCUCUCACACACACACACACACACGCACGCACGCAGGGAUGAUUUGGACUUGACAGAGCCUCAUCGCUUUUCUCUAAGUACUCUGCUUGUACACAUCACGAAUGGAGCAUGCACUAGACGAUCAGAAUGCAGUGAUCAGAUCGGAGAUUUAAGUAGCACAGAAUUGCGCAUCUGAGUGAUCCGAGUCGCUCCCUUUGCGCCUUUGUUUGGCACUGACCGCAAAAACUUCCACUACGAUGGCUUUGGCCAUGGAACCUGUAAGCAAGUGGACAACGAGCCAGGUGGUGGACUGGAUGAAAGGUCUGGAUGACUGUCUCCAGCAGUACAUUAAGAACUUUGAGCAGGAGAAGGUGGGAGGGGAGCAGCUGCUGCGUAUCACCCAUCAGGAGCUAGAAGAUCUGGGAGUUUCUCGCAUUGGCCACCAGGAGCUUAUUCUGGAGGCUGUGGACCUUCUGUGUGCAUUGAACUAUGGUCUGGAGACUGAGAAUCUGAAGACUCUGUCCCAUAAGCUCAACGCAUCUGCUAAAAACCUGCAGAACUUCAUAACAGGUCGCAGACGAGGAGGCCACUAUGAUGGCCGAGCCACACGCAAGCUCCCAAAUGAUUUCCUCACCUCCGUGGUGGAUCUGAUCGCUGCUGCGAAAAGUCUUCUGGCCUGGCUAGACAGGUGUCACGUCUUCCUCAGGUCUCCUUUUGCCGCAGUGGCUGAUUAUUCCCUGACCAGGAACAACGUGAUCCAGCUUUGUCUAGAACUAACCACAAUAGUGCAACAGGACAACACAGUGUAUGAAACGGAGAAUAAAAUACUGCAUGUGUGUAAGAUGCUGUCUGAUGUAUGUGACCAUAUUAUCACACUCUCCUCAGACCCCAUGGUGUCCCAGGCUGCUCACCUGGAGGUGGUGCAACUGGACAACAUCAAAUCAACAGAGGGGCUGGGCAUGUACAUCAAGUCGACGUAUGAUGGCCUACAUGUCAUCACAGGGACCACAGAGGGGUCUCCAGCAGACCGCUGUAAGAAAAUCCACGCUGGUGAUGAAGUCAUUCAAGUCAAUCAUCAGACAGUGGUGGGCUGGCAGUUAAAGAAUUUAGUGAACUCUUUACGUAGUGACCCUGCCGGAGUCUCCUUAACACUGAAGAAACGUCCUCAGAGCACUCUCACUUCCACUCCUGCCUUACUGAAGAACAUGAGAUGGAAGCCCCUGGCCCUGCAGCCCAUCUUCCCUUCGAGCCCCAGCAGCAGUGCAGCCACACCCACCAGCACCCUCAGCACACCAUCCAAACGAGACAGCUGUGCCCUACAGGACCUCUACUUCCCCCCACCACCGGAUGAGCCGUACACACCCAGAGAGGGCACAGCCAGUGACACUUCCCAGCAUGAGGUGGCUAAGCGCUCUGAGUCGCCAAACUCUUUUCUAGACCAGGAGUGCCGGCGGCGCUUUCCCAUGAUGGAUGAAGACGCAGUUCUCUACUGCUAUGAGUAUGACCCAAACCGGGGGCCUCCUCCUGUGCGCAGGGACGGCACUAUGACUUAUGGCAGGCUGAGGCCCAUCUCUAUGCCGGUGGAGUAUAACUGGGUGGGCGACUAUGAAGACCCAGCCAAGAUGAAGAAAGAGCUCAGGAGAGAGAACUCCAUGCUUCGUUAUGUGGGAGAGGAUAAGGCGGGUCCUGAGGAGUAUGCGAUAGGACGCAGCAGCAGCAGGAGGAGCAGGAGGAAGAAUGAGAAAGGGAGUAGCCCUGCCCAUUAUGCCUUGGUUCCAGCCCUGCAGAUGGAAAUGCUGAGACAGGACUCAGUAACCACGCCCACCUCAGACACCUCCUCCAUCUAUCACACAUUUGAUCAGUCUUCAGUGCUGUCGAAGUCGAAGAAGAAGUUGAGAGCUGGCUCACUAUCUUCCAUCAGUAAGCGCAGGAUUUCCUGUAAAGACCUGGGACAGGGAGACUGCGCAGGCUGGCUCUGGAAGAAGAAGGAUGCCAAGAGCUAUUUUUCUCAAAAGUGGAAGAAGUACUGGGUGGUGCUGAAAGACACCUGCCUGUACUGGUACAUCAACGAGGAGGAUGAGAAAGCCGAAGGCUUCGUCAGUCUCCCUGAGUUCAAAAUUGACCAAGCAAAUGAAUGCCGCAAGAAAUUUGCUUUUAAGGCAUGUCAUCCUAAGAUCAAGAGUUUCUACUUUGCAGCAGAUAAUGUGGAUGACAUGAACAGAUGGCUGAGUCGAUUAAACAUGGCAGCAGCAGCUCACUCAGAGCAGGAGAGGAUUCGGCAGGAUCACGACUACUGGAGUGAGAGCGACCAUGAGGAUGUUGAGAACUUGUCUUCUAAACAGAACAGCCCCCCACCACCCUACGACACCUACCCUGCCUUACAGGUGAGCCCCUAUCCUGAGCCCAAACACAUUCGGCCUCCAUCCACAGAGACUGUGCAGCCCCGGUCUCCCCAUGAGGAUUUUCAACCCGAGCCCCAUUGUGCCAGUAUGAGUGGCUCCAGCUCUCCCGCACGCAAGUCGUCCAGUCAGAGGCGCUCAUGGCAGGACCUGAUUGAGACGCCACUUACCAGUUCAGGUCUACACUUCUUGCAGUCUCUGCCUCUGGAGGAUGCCGUGUUCCUGGAGCCCAAUGGCGCUAUCCCUGUGGAACUUCGGCGCCAGGCCACACUGCCACCUCAGCGAUGCCAAGUGCCCGAGCGCCAUACCCCACUGACACCUGGCCAACUACCUCCCACAGCCCGGAUAGGAAGGGAAGUAAAACACCGCAGCUUUACGCUGCCACGUGACAGUGGCCUGCAUGCCAUCCUGGCAGCCACAGCAGGGGCACCUGAACACAGAGAUGUCCUGCAGCACCAACUGGGCCAAGCGUACAUCAGAGAUGCAGGUAUGGAGCGGGAACGCAGGCAGCAGUCUGAUUCUCUGUGUGACCUGUAUCGAGCUCUAGAGAGGGCCAGUCUGUCCCCUGUGAAUGAGCACAUGCCCACCAAUCGUCUGGAGUACAAGCGCUCGUUUGUCCGCCGUGGUAACGACCCCUUGCUUAAUGAGAAGCUGCACCGCCUGCGCAUACUUCAGAACACAUUCAAGGAUGUCCCACUCAAAGAGGCUGAGACGAAGAUCAUUCAUCGGGAUGUGUAAUGAAAGCCAGUGGCAAUCAGGAGAGUAGUCUAGAAAACAGCAGUCUUCACAUCUGUACAUAAAGAUACUGUAUAUUAAUGUGAAAGGAGAGUUACCUCUGCGCCGGUCCCAUUCUCUUCAUCUCUGCUUCCUUGUGGAGGUUGAUUUACAUGUACACUGCCAGCCGAUGGUUUUGAAGAAAAAUAUUAAACAUGUUUUCCAUCAAAGACCUAAGUAGAUAAAAAGUUAUUAGACACUGCUAAUAUUGUCUAUGCCCCACAUUUCAGUGUUUACAGGGCUCAGAGUUUAGUCCUGUGCUCUGGUUAUUGUCUGUGCGGACAUGUGCUCUCCAUGUCUGCAAGGGUUUCUUCCAGGUUCCCCUCCCAAAAAUAUGCUGGUAGGUGGAUUGGCUACUCUUAAUUGUUCUUGUGUGUGUGUGUGUGUGUGUUAUGCCCUGUGGUGGUUUGGCAUCCCAUCCGGGGUGUAUUUCCACUUUGUGACCAUGAUCAGGAUAAAGUGAUUACUAAGAAUGAAUGAAUGAAUGAAUAUCAACUGAAAUAUAAAUUGACAUAUGUUGAGUGCAUAUAUGAGUCCUUGUUUCCACUGAAAUAAAAAGCCACAAACUUUUUUCAGUUCACUUGUACCUAUUUCCUACUUAUGUAUUUCAAAUAUAUUAUAUUCAUUCAUUCAUUCAUCUUCAGUAACUACUUUACUCUGGUCAGGGUUGUGGUGGAUCUGGAGCCUGUCCCGAAAACACUAGGCAUGUGGCAGAAAUACAUGGAUGGGAUGCCAGUCCAUCACAGGGCACCACGCACACACAUUCAUACACAAUUUGCAUGUUUUGAGAGUUGGCUGGAAACCAGAGAACUCAGAGGAAACCCACACAGCCAUAGGAAGAGCAUGCAAAACUGCACACAUACAUUAACCCAAGCUCAGGAUUGAAGCAGGGAUCCUGGAGAUGUGAGGCAGCAGCGCAUCCUGCUGUGCCACCAAAAAUGUUGAUAUAGAUUGCUCAAAAACUUUUGACUGGAAGUGUAUUUAUUAGAUCUUUAUUUGAUCUUUAUUAUUAUCCUCUGAGCUCCUUUCACUUGCCAUAUUUUUGCCAUGUCUUCCUCCUUUCUCUUUCUUGAUUUGGUUCCAUAAUUGCACAAUGUUAAUAUGUGUAUAUGAAGGCAUUAUUUUGUAUAUUGGUAUAUUGGUAAAUUAUGGUCUGUUGAAACCUUUGAAGUUUAUGUAUUGUUUAACACAUAUUGGCCUUCGGGAAGCCAAAUGACUGCACUUCCUUUGAGCUUUGCUCCUGUACACUGACUGAACAAGAAAUACAGAACUGCUAGUACAGAUGUUCCUCAACUACUGAUUGUGUUAUUAAUUAUUUUACUUUGCAUGACCACAGUCAAAAUUAUGAAUUUUGUGUGUUUUUGUUUUAAGUUCUUAAUUGGAAAUUGCAUUUUCUUUAACAUUUAUAGCUGUAAAACAGUGUAUGUCAAUAGGUAUAACAUAUGGAAUGACUAUGUGUAAUUGUUGUUGUAAAACAGAGAGAAAGAUGGUUGUAUAUCUAAUAUGUCAUCCUUGUCCUUUCUUCCAUCUGGCUGUCUUCUGUGUGGCUUCUGACCUUUGACCCUGGAAUCAAUCCAUAGUACAGUGUUAAGCAUUUUAAGGCUUCAGUGUUAAAUACACAACAAUGCUAAACUAAAAUGGUUAACCAGUGAAACGCUGUCUAUUUUUGUAAGCAUGAUAUUUAUCCACCGGUUUGUACGUGGUUUUAUAUUUUGAGCUGUGUCUUAAUUGAAGAUAACUGAUGGUGUUGAUCCCUUUGACAGGAUGAAACAUAAGCAAUUAUGCUGUUGUACUGUAUCUCUGAGAUGAAAAUAAUUUUAACAAUAAACAGUUUGAUGUUUUGGUAAA